UUAAAUGAUAAUACAGGCUUAAGAGUAUCGAAGUGGACAGUGUAUUUUAAUAUAUAGUAUCAAUUAUAAUUAUUAUUCCUUUUAUUAAUUUACUAAUUUUUGUUUAAAAUUACAAGUAAUAUUAUGUGUUAAACAUUUCGACACCAAGUUUUCAUUAGUUGAGAUUUUAGCUGAAUAAAAAUGGUUCGAAAUAAUAUGCCUUUAAGGACAUAUUAUAGUUUAUAUAAAAGGAAUUUAGCAGAAAAGGUGGCUACUGCAAUCAAUAAAAAAACGCCAGAUACAAUAAAUAACCUAAUGAUUAACCUGAAAAUAGGGACUGGAGUUACAGAAGAUAGUAUUGGAUUUCGCAUGUCACUGGAUGUAUUAAAGAAACAGUCAAGUGAAAACAAAACCUCAUUACUAACUAGCAUAACUUCAGAUAAAUCAUUACAUGAUACUGCAAUAAAUUCAAAUACAUUAGUCAUACAUUUGAAUAAAUAUGAAUUUUUACAAAAUGUCCUUCAAAACGAUGUAGUUAAAAAAGUUGAUCCUUCUGAAUUGUUAAAUAAGAAACCUUAUAUUAUUGAAUUCAGUUCACCCAAUAUUGCAAAACCUUUUCAUGUAGGCCAUUUUCGUUCUACAAUCAUUGGAAAUUUUUUGUCCAGAUUAAUGGAAUAUAUGGACGGCAGAGUUAUAAAAUUAAAUUAUUUGGGUGAUUGGGGUCCACAGUUUGGUUAUAUAAUAUUAGGUUUAGAACUACUCAAAAAACAAGACCCUCAUUGUUGCUUUACAAUAGAAUCCUUGCAUAAAGCUUAUAUACUUGCAAAUAAAAUGGCAGAAAAAGACGACAGUGUUCAUGUUAAAGCUAAAUCUAUAUUUAAUGAGCUUGAAUUUAGUAAAUCUUCUUCAGAUAUCAUUCAGUUAUGGACUAACUUUAGAUCAAUAACCAUUGAAGAGCUUGAAAAAACGUAUAAACGACUUGGUGUUAUAUUUGAUUGGUAUGAUUGGGAAUCUAAAUACGCUAAAGAAAGUAUACAAGAUAUUUUAGAAAAACUCGAACAUCUAGGUAUUUUAAAAUACAAAGAUGAUGGGUCUGCUAUAGUAUAUUGUAACAACCAAGAGACAACAGUUUUGAAAAAUGAUAAAUCUACUUUAUAUUUAACGCGAGAUAUUGCUGCUGCAGUUAGACGUCAUGAACAUUAUAAUUCUGAAAACUUAUUUUAUAUUGUUGAUAGUACUCAAAGUAAACAUUUUUAUCAACUAAAAUCUAUUAUGCAUAAAAUUGAUCCAAAAAUCAAUGUUCAGCACAUACCAUUUGGACGAAUUCAUGGAAUGCGUUCUAGAAAAGGUGAAGGAGUAUUAUUAGACGAACUUCUAAAUGAAGCAAAAUCCAUAAUGACUUUGAGACGAAAAUUUUCUCAAACAACUAAAUUAAACGAUCAAGAUGAGAAUGAAAUAUCAGAUAUAUUAGGUGUAUCAGCAAUUAUUAUUAAUGAUCUUAAACAAAAACGUAAAAAGGAUUACAAUUUUUCUUGGGAAUCGGCGUUACAAGUAAAUGGGGAUACUGGUAUAAAAUUACAAUACACACAUUGCCGUUUAGUAAGUUUAAUUCAAAUGAACUCUAAUAUAGAAAUACCCAAUGAAGUCAAUAUUCAAUGUCUUAAAGAUCCUGUUGCUAUUGAAUUAGUUUUAGAACUAUGUCGUUUUGAAGACAUCUUAGCUGAAACCAGACAGAGUUUAGAAGCUUGUAUUUUAGUAAAUUAUUUAUUCAGACUAUGUAAUUCUAUUAACAGAGCGUUAAAAGUUUUAAAUGUUAAAAAUUCUGUUACUCCACUUGCAGAACAAAGACUAUUAUUAUUCAAUAGGGCUAAAAACGUUCUAAGCAUAGGAAUGACAAUUUUAGGAUUAAUACCUUUAAAAUCAAUGUAAAUUUAGUCGAUUUAUUAUUGUUAUUGUUAA